AUGGCUGCCAUAUCUGGUGUUGUUUCCCGCCAAGUUCUGCCUGCUUGUGGUACUCUUUGUUUCUUUUGCCCUUCUUUGAGGGCUAGGUCCAGACAACCUGUCAAGAGGUACAAGAAGCUCAUUGCUGACAUUUUCCCUCGUAAUCAGGAAGAUGAGCCAAAUGAUAGGGCAAUAGGAAAACUUUGUGAUUAUGCUGCCAAAAAUCCUUUACGCAUCCCAAAGAUUGCUAAUGCCCUUGAGCAAAGGUGUUACAAAGAGCUACGGAAUGAGAACAUUCGCUCAACAAAAAUUGUCAUGUGUAUCUACAAGAAAUUUCUGUUUUCUUGUAAAGAACAAAUGCCAUUGUUUGCAAGUAGCUUACUAACUAUUAUCCAAACCCUGCUGGAUCAAACACGGCAGGAUGACAUGAGAGUUAUUGGAUGUAACGUUCUUUUUGAUUUUUUAAAUAAUCAGGUUGAUGGAAGUUACCUAUUCAGCUUAGAAGGUGUUAUUCCGAAGCUCUGUCAAUUAUCUCAAGAAACUGGGGAGGAUGAAAGGGCUAGAAUUUGUCGUUCAGCUGGUUUGAAAGCUCUUUCAUCAAUGGUUCGGUUUAUGGGGGAACACUCUCACAUAUCAGUUGAGUUUGAUAAUAUUGUUUCAGCUGUCUUGGAAAACUAUGAAGUUCCUAAGGAAAACUCAGCCAGUCUUGAUCAUGAGGAAGAAGGUAAUGAGACUAAGUUGGAUCACGACACCGCCAAUGAGGGUCAAAUCUCUCCUUUGCUAGAUGUCAAAAAGAGAAACCCAUCUUGGAGUAAAGUUGUUAACGACAAAGGCGAAGUAAAUUUUGCAAUGGAAGAUGACGGGAAACCUUCUUUUUGGUCCGGGGUUUGCCUACAUAGUAUGGCCAAUUUAGCCAAGGAAGGGACUACUAUACGUCGUGUAAUGGAAUCUUUGUUCCGGUACUUCGAUAACGGAAAUUUGUGGUCUAUAAACCAUGGUCUUGCUUUUUCUGUGUUGAAGGACAUACUAUUUUUGAUGGAUGAUUCUGAGAAAAACACACAUGUAUUGCUGUCAAUGUUAAUUAAGCAUCUAGAUCAUAAAUCUGUUCUUAAAGAACCCAACAUGCAGCUGGACAUUGUUGAGGUGGUUACUUCAUUGGCUCAAUAUGCAAAGGUCCAACCUUCUGUAUCAAUAAUUGGUGCAGUAAGCGACAUGAUGAGACAUUUGCGGAAGACCAUACAUUGUUUCCUAGAUAACUCAAAUCUGGAGACUGAUGUAAUCAAUUGGAAUAAGGAUUUCAGAGAAGUUGUGGAUAAAUGCCUUGUUCAGUUAGUAAAUAAGGUUGGAGAAGCAGACCCAAUUAUUGACGUUAUGGCUGUGAUGUUAGAGAAUAUCUCAACAAUUACAAUGACAUCCCGCACCACGGUCUAUGCUGUCUAUCGGACGGCUCAAAUUGUAGCCACCUUACAAAACCUGUCUUAUCAGAAAAAGGCAUUCCCUGAGGCAUUGUUUCACCAACUGCUUUUGGCUAUGGUCCAUCCAGAUCAUGAGACACGAGUGGUAGCUCACCGUAUUUUUUCUGUCGUUCUUGUGCCAACUGCUUCCAAUCCCAAAGUAAUGGGUGUUCCACGAACACUUUCGAGAGCAGUCUCUUUUUUCACUUCUUCAGCUUCUAUAUUUGAGAAAUUAAGACUGGAGAAACGUUCUUCAAGUGUAAGAUUAAGUCAGUAUAACAAAGAAAAUGUUAUUGGAGAGAUUGAACCAGCUAGUAGCAAUGUUGGCAUCAUAAACAGAUUGAAGUCAAGCCAUAGUCGGUUUUCUAGUGUGAAUAACCCUCCUCUAAAUAAUAAAAUGGACGAAAUUGCUGCAAACAGUGAUAAACAGAACUUGGAUGUUGUUGCGCUGAAGCUGAGUAGACAUCAGAUAAACCGAUUGGUAUCAUCAAUUUGGGCACAGUCUGUAUCUCCUGAAAAUAUGCCUGUAAACUAUGAAGCAAUUGCUCUUACAUACAGCUUGGUGUUGCUUGUUUCUAGAGCUAAGAGUUCUUUUCAUGAGUUAAUAGUUCGGACUUUUCAGCUUUCAUUUUCUCUAUGGAAUAUUUCUCUUAAAGAAGGGCCAUUGCCACCUUCUCGUCGGAGAUCACUUUAUAUAUUGGCAGUUUCAAUGAUUAUGUUUUCUUCAAAAACAUACAACAUUGUCCCUCUUGUCCAAAGUACCAAGGCAGUGCUUACAGAGAGACAGGUUGACCCCUUCCUUCAUUUGGUUGAAGACAAAUUGCAAGCUGUCAGCUUUACACCUGACAAUCUGACCAUCAGCUAUGGAUCCAAAGAAGAUGAUGAAAGGGCCACACACACACUUUUGGAAUUAUUUUCUUCUAUACAUCAAAUGCAGGAAUGCUUUGCAUCUGAAAUCAUCAGAAGCUUGGACAUUUUUUCAAAAGCUGAAUUACUGUCAAUAAGGGAGAAGCUGCUAGAAGAAUUUUCACCGGAUGAUACGUGUAAGAUUGGAUCUCAGUUGAACAUGAAAAUUCCCAGAAAGGAUACUUCAGUAGUUGAUGAUGAUUUUAUUUAUGAACUAUUUGAAAGUCAGUUAAAACAAACUCCAAGGUUGUCCACGGAGGUCCCUAAUCUUUUGAGUGCCAAUCAACUUUUAGAAUUAGUUUUUGACCCAUCUGAUCCCGCUGGAAGGGUUUCUGUAUCGACUGCAUUUGAUACGCCUUACAAGGAUAUGGCUGAUAACUGCGAGGUACUUAUGAUGGGAAAGAACAAAAUGUCUAGAUUGGUGAGUACCGCCAUUCAGACACAAGAAAGUUCAGCAAACUCCACUUUACCAACUCAAGAAAAUGAAACGAAAAACACAGAUUCAUCUCCCCAUGAGGAUCUCCCGAAGGUGGACAAUUCUUUGCUUGAUGAUAAUACUUUUGUGGAAUUGUACCAACCAACUUCUACCCCUCCUCCAUUGUUUUGUGAAGCAGAUUAUCAAAACCAGCCUCAGUUUUUCCAACUACCAACAGCAAGUCCCUUUGAUAACUUUCUGAAAGCCGCCGGUUGUUAA